UUGCAAACGUGUACAAAUUUUUAGUUAUAAUGACUUUUGUUUCUCCAGAUUCAGCGACAUUUGGAUGGUAGGUCUAUUAUUUUUUGGUUCAUCAAGAUAUCAUUUUAAGCAACAAUACGUAACCAAGCAAUGAGUUUAGUGUUUGUUAGAAAUGCAACGUCCUAAAAAAUGGUGUUAACUUGAACAUAAAAUAACUUUAAACAAAAAAAAAACACGUGUCUUAGGUUUUAGUUGAAACAAACACAUUUAGCAAAACAAAAUGAUUGCAAUUUAACAGAAACAAAGUGGCAGAAAGUUCGGGAACCUUAGUAUAAAAUUUUAUUUUAUUUGAAAUUUGGGUUGUGUGGCGAAUAUGAAAACAUUUCUUAAGUAUUGCGUUUUUGUUUUUUACCUUCUUAUAUCGAUUUAUACCAUCUAUCAUGUUAUGACUGGAAAUGAUAUCACUGGAUAUAAGAAGGUAUUACUAAAGUAUGCUAAAAAAUACAUAGAGGAACAAAAUAGAAUUGUUAAAAACGAAAAGAGAGUUGCAGAAUCAAGGGAUUUUUUUAACGACAAGUUUAAAAUUGUUUCGCCUGAUAAACAGUUACAAAAUGAGAAGGAAAAAGUUGAAUUACCAAAACAUGAUACUAAUGCAGAAAAAAAGAAGAUCGAACCACCAAAACAAGAUUUAAAGAUAGAAAAAGAAUUGCCGAAACAAGAUACUGGAACGGAAAAAGAGAAAAUUCAAUUCACAAAAUCUGGAACUGACCUUGAAAAGACAACAAUUUUAGAAAACAUAAAAGAUAAAACAGAUACUCUGAAUAAAGAAGAUAAUAAAAUACAGAAAAUUCGAGGUUUCAAAAAUCUUGAUUUAAGAAGAAACAACUACCACGAUUAUACGCCACCUUUUAAAUGCUCCACAUUGCAUUGGAGGGACAUUAUAGUUUCAUGUAACAAUAACAUCAAAUGGGAAUUAAAAUCUGAUAACAAAUCCGAACAUACAAGCGUGCAAAAGAGUAAAUUUCUACUCAACGCCAAACCAUCCAAAAUUAAAAGUUACAUAAAAAUCAUCACGUACUACAGUAACGGUAAAAAGAAAUUCAUUGGUGGAGACUUCUGGUGGAUGAAUGUGAUUGGUCCAUCAUCAUUUCAUGUUGAUUUGAAGGACAACAAUGAUGGAACGUACGAAAGUUAUUUUAGUUUUGUAGAACCUGGUAAUUAUACUGUCACGGUUGAGUUGAUCUGGAGUUUAUGUGAUGGUUUAAGAAACCCUCCUUCGUGGUGGUUCAAAAGUGGUGACGAUCAAGGCAAAUAUCAAAAGCGUGGAUCAUUAGGUGUGGACACAUAUAUUGGACAAAAAAAGUCAUUCCUUUUUACAAUACUUCAAGGUAAAAACCAAGACGACAUUUAUGCACGGGAUAUUUCUGGUCCCAAUCAAUGCCAACCAAUCAAUUCACACUGUGGUUAUUGGAGAAACGACCAAGAAUUCGUCACCUCCGGGAGGCAAAUUAAACCCGAAAUACCAAAGAAUAAGAAAUUACCAAGUCGCUCAACUAUAUACUUUCAUGGUGACUCGUUACAGUUUAGAUUGCAUGAUUUUUUUCUUAGUCGACCAAUUUGCAAGGAACUGUAUCAUUGUAAUCUGACUUAUACAUGGGUAUACCCAAAUCCUCCGUCGAAACACAUCUACGAUGACAAAGACUUUAACAAAACAAUAAUUUUAGAAUCAAUUCGGAAAGUCCUCCUUCAUCCUGAUGUGUUGGAGAAAUCCAGCGUUGUUUUGAUAAAUUUCGGUCUGCAUUUAAUGAUGGAUAUUAGUUUUGAUGAAGCGGUAGAUGUGUUGGAAGAUUUCGUCCGACUCGUUCAAAGUUUAAAGACAAAACAUAGUGCAAAUUUCCCAAGAAUUGUUUGGAAAAGCACUACGGCUCCUUUUGAAAGAGAAAGAUACAAGUAUAAUGAAGAUCAUAGGAGGUUUUUGACGAAACAGAGAAGCAUUAUGUGGAACGCUUAUUCAAGAGAAGUACUGUGUAAUGCUAACAUUCCCAUCUUGGACGUGUACUAUAUGGCUGCAUCAUAUAUACCUGGAACACUUGAUGGGGUCCAUUAUGUCGGUCACGUUUUUGAGAGCGCGGCUGCAGCUUUUGAAUCUUUCGUAUUAAACAGUUUGUAAAAGGAAGUCUUUUAGUUAUGUCAAAAUAAUAAUUAACUUAUUAGAAAAACUAUUUUGAAAAGAAGAAUUGAGAUGUGGUAGGAAUUGUAUUCAAGGUGUGAGAAUUGUUUAUAAUAUAUAUUUACUCACCUA